AUGUGGAGUAGUUCGUUCCAUGAAUUGGAGACCGCGCCGGUGUCUCGACACAUCCACAGAGUGUCUGACGAAGCCCACGAUUCUCACGACCCUUCCACGUUUACGACCUUUGCACCGCAGCGCCAGCCGACUGCCCAACGACCUAAUACCUCCGCCUCGGCUGAGACUCCCUUUCGACCUCAAAGUGCUGCUGGCUCCCAGCGUACAUUGAGACGUGUCUCCCGACGACCGGAAAAUCCUCAAUCGCUCCACCGUCGAGCUGUAUCUUUAGGCGCUUCAGGUGCACACCCUCCUCCACCCCGGCCGGCGCAUAUCACCCCGGCCUCUGUACGACACCCUCCUACCAGUGGCAUCGCCGCACUACGUCCGGCCCUCUCCGAAGCGCACACUGACGACAACGGGUCCACCGUCGACGACCCAUACCAGCUCCUCGACACUUCAUACUGGCCACUUAGAACCACCGGUGUCUCAUCGCGCACCGCCUCGGCCAUUCUCUACGCGCUCGAAGACGCCAUCCGUGGUCCCUUCCAGCUUUCCACAGAUUACGACGAAGUGAAUGCGUCUAUGUCAGACAUGGUAGGCGUUGCUGGCCCCGCUGGGCCUGUGGGUAAUGGCCGCGUUCAAAAUGGCGGCCCCCGUGUACCCCCAAAUCCCAUUUCGGGAACAUCGCAACCUCCGAGUGGUGUCAGAACACCGACAGAUAUCAUGAGACAGCGCCGGGAUCGCGAGGCCCGUCGCAAAGCAGAACACGAUGCCCGAGAGCGCGAGCAGGAAGAACUGGAUCGUCAGCAAUUGGCACAGGAGCAACAGGCUCACGUCGAGGCCCAAGCUCAGGCCCAGGCCCAGGCUCAACAGUACGCUGCUGGCGGCUCUGGAGACAAUGUCUCGCAAUCUCGCAUUCGACCUCCCAGAGCUUCCAGGGCGCCUGAAGGGCAAAAAGCCGAAGCUGCACCCAUCCCUUCAGGAUCGGCGCCUGGCUACCGACCAGCGGGAGAUUCCGCGCCCCCUGGUAGAGCAUCCGAGUUCCAAAACGCACCUCCGCCUGCUGCUGCAGGUCAGGCUGCAGGUCAAUCCCGACCGACACCUGUGUCUGGCCAAAAGCCUCAGCACGCUCGCUCCCAGAGUGCCGCUGCCCUUGGUGCUCAGACUGGCUCUGGUGUGUUUGCGAAACCGGCACAGGCUCCCCCUGCAGGACAGACCGGCUCUCAGCAAACGCUGCAACAGCCGAAGCGCGUUGGCUUCCCGCAUGCAUUCGAGCGAUGGGAGACUUUGUCUUCUCACUGGGAAGGCCUGACCAGCUAUUGGAUGCGCAAACUUGAACAGAACAACGAUGAUCUGGAGCGCGAUCCACUUAGCCAACAGUUGGCUCGACAAAUCACAGACUUGUCUGCCGCCGGUGCAAACUUGUUCCACGCGGUUGUAGAGCUCCAGCGCCUGCGUGCCUCUUCUGAGCGCAAGUUCCAGCGCUGGUUCUUCGACACCCGCGCCGAGCAAGAGCGAUCAAAGGAAACGCAAGCAGAAUUGGAGCGCCAGAUCAAAGCGGAGCGCCAGAGCCGUGCUGAGGCAGCCGCUGCCGGGCAGAAAUCCGAGGAAGACAAAGUGAAAGCCGAGGAGCUUCUCAAGGAAAUGCGUCGCGAACUUCAAAUCUCUAAAGAGGAAGCACGCCGCGCAUGGGAAGAGCUUGGCCGUCGUGAGCAAGAAGAGCGAGACCGAACCAACUCCCUCCGCAACGGCGAGCCCACGCUUGUCGGCGGCGUCCAGGUGGUACCGAUGGUUUCUGGCCUUCCGAGCCGCCACAACACCACUCGCUCUCAGACUCGUGAAGGAGCCUAUCCCACCGGCGCAGCUGCCGCAGCUCUGGCCACAGAUGCCUAUGGCAAGCCCGUUGAUCCAAGUUCAGGUGCCCAGUACUACCAAGACGGAACCCCAAUGUCUCCCACAGGCUCCGACCCCUUCAUCGAGCCCAAGAAGACCGACCCACCCGCCUCCAAAGUCCCUUACCCAGCUCCACUCUAUGAGCACCAAACCACAACCCCCCAAUAUCCCGCCCCUGCCACUUCCGAGCCCGACGACCGCUCCUACGUCGGAAGCAGCGAGGCCGACGACGACUAUCCCCACUACGCCCACGACCCACAAGGUCUCACCUAUCCCCCCGGUCCCGCUUCCGAGGAAAGCGAAGAAUACGACCACCCUGCCGCCCCUUACCCAGAGGGAGCCUACACCUCCGCUGAAACAUCCGCCACCCUGCAAGCCCCUUACCCGCCCACUUCGGCUGCCGACUACAGCGGCGCCGGCUGGGGCCCAGGCUGGGAGUCCAUGACCCCACGUCAUCGCCACCCAACCCGUCUGAGUGACGUCCUGGAAGAAGACGAGCCCAGCCGCACAAGUCCCAGUCGCGCUAGCUUGGCAAGUCGCAGCCAGGCUAGCAGGAGUAUCCUGUAA